AUGUAUUUAGCAAGUCAAACUCCAAGAUUCUUUUUUAGACACUUAUUUUGUGGAAGAAAUGGAAAAUACUAUGGCCGUUAUUAUCCAGCAGAAAAUAUGGAUAUAAAUAAAACAAAUAAUUUUAAUGUUAAUACUACCAAUGCAUCAUUUACAGAAAAUGAUCGUAAUAAACCAUUUUAUUUUGAUUUAUCAAGUAAGUAUAUGGAUAAAAACCUAAGAAAAAUUGAUAGAUUUAAUGAAUGUUUUAAACAUUUUUAUGAAAAACAUAACCAUGGUGACAAUGCUCAAUAUCUUAACAAGAUUGAAAAUAUAAUGGAGCAAUGGGGAAGAGAGUUUUCAAAAAAUAAAGGUUUUAGAACUCCAAUAACUGAAACUAAACAAGAUGAUAAAGGUAUUACCAUUACUGUUGAAUUACCAGGUAUCACCAAAGAAAAUGUAAAACUUGACUAUGCCAAUAAUAUUUUAAAUAUCGAAGCUUCAAACAAAUCAAUUUCAAAUGAAACCAAAACAGAAGAAAUAUAUGAAUUUAAGAAAUCUAUAAUCUUACCAGAAAAUUUAGAUAAUACUUUAAUCAAAGCCCAAAUGUCAAAUGGUUUAUUAAAAAUAACAAUUCCAAAAGAAAGUUAUUCAAAUUCAAAACCAAUUAAUGUUGAAUAAUCAAUUUUCUUUUGUAAUUAAAAAAAAAAAAAAAAAAAAUAGUUUAAAAAAAAUAGUUUUUUUUUUUAUAAAAUAAAUAAAAUUUUUCUUUUUUUUUAAACUUAG